GCAGGAUUAUCAGCAGUUGAUAAUAGAUUGGAUAGCUGCGUUAGACAACAGUGAAUCCCUCAGUGAAGACUGUCGACAGUUCUGCAGCUGCCAGAGCUCUGAGCUGAACCAUGGAUAAGAAGAAAUCGACCGUCUCUCGCCACUCCGAACUCUUCAUCGAAACACCCCCAUCAUGGAUUGGAGUGAGACAUCUGCAAGUGGGUCUUCUGUUCCUCUGUAUGUUGUUUGCGUACAUCAUCCGAGUCAACAUCUCAGUGGCUAUAGUAGCCAUGACUGGCAGCAGCAGCAGUAACGUCGAUGUUGAUACUUACGAAUGGGAUACAUCAACCAAAGGUUUAAUCCUGAGUGCGUUCUUCUGGGGUUACCUGGUGAUGAACAUCCCAGCGGCUGUGAUUGGUCACAGUGUCAACAACAAGAUGCUGCUGGGCGGAAGUUUCGCCUGUGCCAGCAUCCUGAGUCUGAUCACUCCUGUUCUGGUGGGUUGGGGAGAUGCUCCGGUCGUAGUCGUCAUCAGAGUGUGUCAAGGACUGUCACAGGGCUUCAUGAUGCCGAUGAUCCAUGGUUUGCUGUCCAAGUGGGCACCUCCUCAGGAGAGAGCUAGAUGUGCCACUUACAUUCUAGGAGGCCUUCAGUUUGGCACAAUGAUUGUGCUCUCCUGCUCUGGGGUUCUGGCGUCCAGCUCCUGGGGCUGGCCCAGCAUCUUCUACUUCUCGGGAGGUCUGGGACUGUUCUGGGUCGUCCUCUGGAUGUUGCUGGGUGCCAACAGUCCAGAGGCUCAUCCCUUCAUCUCUGCUGCUGAGCGGCAGUUCAUCCAGCGCUCUCUGCCAAGCACUGCUCGAGACAAUGUUAAAAUGGCUAUACCUUGGAGGGACAUCUUGACCAGUGGACCUGUCUGGGCUGCAACUCUUGCACAUAUUGGACAGAACUGGGCAAUGUGGACCAUCCUCACGGAGAUACCGACCUACUUCAACAAAGCUCUGAAUUAUAACCUCAGCAACGGAGGUUUCCUCACGGCAAUGCCGUUCCUGUUGAUGUGGCUCGUCUCUUUCCCACUGUCUUACAUAGCAGACAAACUCAUCAUCAAGGGCAUCACAUCCGUCACAGCCUCCAGGAAAAUCUGGAACACCGUAGCUCACUGGGGUGGAGCGAUUGCACUCAUCGGACUUGCGUUCGCAACGGACAGUAACAUGGCUGUGGUCCUGUAUACGAUCGCAGUUACCAUCAACUGCUGCAUCUACAUGGGUUUCAAUGUGAAUCAUCUGGACUUGUCACCCAACUUCGCUCGGAUUCUGAUGGGUAUAACUAACGGUCUCGCCAAUGUGACGUCCAUCAUUGCUCCUCUCUUUGUCGGACUGGUCAUCAAUGAUGAGACUGACAUCGGAGAGUGGAGGAUUGUCUUCCUCUUCUCGGCUCUUGCCUACUUCCUUGGUAACCUGGCCUUCAUCAUCCUCGGCUCUGGACAACUCCAGGAUUGGAACGAACCUAACUUCCACCACUCAAAUAAUGUGAACACAGAUCCAAAAGAAGAUGACUGGAAUGGCUCAGCGUAAAGGCUAGAUCUGAAGGGGCCUACCACUUCUGUAUGUGUACAGAUAUAUCAAAAAAUUAAAGUCUCCGAAGAGUCCAACGUCAUCAAAGGCUUCUGGGUUUUAAAUUCUGUAGAGUAAACGAUUCUGGAUUGUCAUUUACAACCAGAAAAAGUUCUUUAAUUCUUAGAUUCAAAACAUUGUAAGAGCCAAUAAGUAUGUUGUUUUAAUUUAUUUUAUUCAAAAAUAUAAAUCUUUAAAAGUUAAAGAGAUGUUGUAGCAUAUGCUUGGUAUAAUUUUAUACUUUUGAAGUAUAUCACAAAUUGUCAUCAAUGUCUGCUAGUGAAAUUAUGUUUGAUAUGAAUAAAAAGCCACUAUUCAACUAAAUUUUACCUUAAUUUGUCUAUAUGGCAAAAGUGUAAAUAGGACAAAACUAAAUUGUGUUACAAAUAUAAGAAUAGAUAGUACUGAUACACUCUUCUAUUUUAUUUAAUAGAUUUUUUAAUUACUUUAACAUUUAUGUAGGCCAAAGAUGUAUUAUUCAAUGCAAAGGCAAUAUAAAAUAAUAAAAAAUAUAUAAAAUAUAAGUCUAUUUAUGAAACAGUUUGUUAACUAAGAGAUAUUUAUAUGAAAUGUUAAAAUGUAAACCUUUUAUUAAUAAUGUUAUUUUAUAAGAA